AUGGCCGCAGCUGAGCCCAGCCAGCUCCAGUUCGGGGAGACCGCCGCGCCCCCCGCCUACCGGCCCGCCCACCCCGGCGGGGCGUUCCUGCCGCCCCCGAACCCCGCGGCUGCUCUGCUCCCCGCGCGUCCCUCGGGCCCCGGUCCGGAGCGCGGCGCCCCGGUGGCCUUCGCCGGUUUUCUCGGUAGGGGUCCCGGGCCCGCGGCGCCGCCCUCCGCCGCCCUGGGCCCGCCUGCGCCCCCUAAAGGCGCGGCCGUCCCGUCGGCGUCGCAGCGCCGAAAGCGCACGUCGUUCAGACCCGAGCAGCUGCAGCUGCUGGAGCUCGUCUUCCGCCGGACCAUGUACCCCGACAUCCACCUGCGUGAGCGCCUGGCCGCGCUCACUUUGCUCCCGGAGUCCAGGAUCCAGCAGUUUCUCUCUCCCCCCUUCCAGGUGUGGUUCCAGAACAGGCGCGCCAAGUCGCGUCGUCAGAGCGGGAAAUCCUUUCAGCCUUCAGCCAGGCCAGAGCUCUUCCUCCAUCACUCUGCUUGUGAAACUGAAGCAGAAUAUUUGAAGCCCCAGCUGCCUCUGGAGGUAGAUGUGAACUGCCUGCCGGAUCCCAACAAGGUUGGAGGAGACAUCUCCAACCCUAGCUCCCAAGCUCAGAAUUUUGAAACCUAUUCUCCUCUCUGUGAAGACAUUGGUUCAAAGCUGGACUCAUGGGAGGAACACAUCUUUUCUGCCUUUGGUAACUCUUGAGGAGUCUGGGAGAAUUCAGGAUAAGUUCAGAGGAACCAUGACUGACAGCCAGGGAGACACACAUCAGAAUACCAUCCUUUCUGGCUUCCAUGUUAAGGACUCAUCCAUGUUAACCUUGGUAAUGGUUUUGGGUCAUCUCUCACCUGUGAAGCUUCUUCCCCUUUUGCCCAUGAACUUUUGCCCAUGGCCUGUUCGUUCUUUAUAGUACACCCCCCCUAGGAGUUCUGGCAUUUUUUACCAGUGCAUCUCCAAAUCUGCACUUUCAUUUUGGUCUGCAUACCUGCUCUUUCCUACCAGUCCUGUUGGUAUUUUUUUGAACUAGUUUUUCAGAACUAUCUUCACAAGAACGCCUUGGUUCAACUCAGUUUCCCCUUGUGCUUAACAGCUGCUGUCUUCAUAUGGCUCCUCCAAGGCUUAUACCCGUAGACUCAUGUUAACCCAGCUCCUUCAAUCCUCAUCCUAUCAUCAAGAUUUACUACUUUUUAAAUUUGGCCUGACAUCUUUAUGCUCAUUCGUAGCUCCGGUGAUUCUGCAAGAGCCCCCUGCCUCAAGUUUCUCAGCUUU